AUGUAUUGGUUAACAAUCGCCACUAGUUUUGCUAUUUUAUCAUCAUUAAUUAUUGCUGAUGAUCCGUGCCGAUAUCAGACUGCCAAAGGAGUGAUUGAUAUAUCGUCAUUAGCACGAACGGAUGACAAAGCAAAAUAUCCCGAUAAAAUACCAACUACUGGAUCUGGCUAUAAAUAUAGCUACAACCCAUGUAAACCAUUUACUGAACUACCUUCUUGCCAAGGAGUAGCCGCUUGCCAAGUUUCGACGGAUGGAAAAUAUAGCUUUUCCAUUGGUAAACAAGAAACUGCAAAGUGGAAUUCAGGAGGAAUCGGUGGUAGUCCUACGGUUACCUACACAGAUGGUCCAAAGACUUUAAUUGUUACAUUGGCAUGUUCGAAGGAUGGAACUGAUGAACUAGAAGCUCAAGGUGAAUCUGAAACGAAUAACUAUAAAAUGCGUUUAACAAACAAAUGCGCUUGUUGGGAUGGAUGUGGAGGUGGUCCACAAACCACAACAAAAUCUUCAGGUGGCAAAGGUGGCAAAGGUGGUAUUACUGGAGGGGCUGUGUUCAUCAUAUUACUUGUAGUACUUUUUGUUGUUUAUUUUAUUGGAUUUGCUGCCUACUAUCGUUUUCGCUUGGAACGAACAGGUGUUGAACUUAUUGCACAUAGAACAUUCUGGGUUGGCUUACCUAGUUAUGCAAAGGAUGGUGCUGUUCAUAUAUAUCGACGUGUGUUGAACAAAGGUGAUACUCCAUAUCAAUCCGUAUAA